AUGCUUACAACAUUCGACCAAACCACUCGCCGGAUUCUCCACUUUCCGGCGGUUUUUCCAUGCCAAAAUGUCAACCCAACAACUCUUCUUCACUCCAUACUCUCCCUUUCCAACUCCAUCACCAAAUACCAGCCCGAAUUCUUCCCUACACAACGUCGUAACGCCCGCGAGGCGAUACGACAAGUUACAAUCCUCUCAAUGUUCGUCAAUGAAAUCAUUAACCAAGACGUAUCCAGUUUACCAGAUUCCGCAAUACUUUGUUUUUGUGAACUUCACUAUUCGUUCCAGAAGAUUGAAUUUCUACUCAAAGACUGCACACGCAGCGGAGCUAGACUUUACAUUUUGAUGAAAUCACACGUCGUAACGAACCAGUUUUUGACAGUUAUACGCGCUAUUGCGACCACGCUUGAUAUCCUGCCGUUGAGUUUGUUCAAAGUGUCACAAGAUGUUGAAGAAAUGGUGGAUAUGGUUAAGAAGCAAGCGAGUACAACUACAACAAGUGUUGUACUCGAUCGGGAUGAUGAGUAUGUUGUUGUUAAACGAUUCGCCCUGAUUUUGAACCGGUUUGAAAACCGGUUCGAGCCUGAUCCGAUUAUGAUCAGGCAAGCGCUGUGUCAUAUUCGGAUCAGUAGCUGGAGCGAGUGUCAUAACGAAGUUAUGUUUUUGAACGAAGAGAUUUCGUUAUGUUUGUUAGAAAAUAAUGGGAGUGACUUGCAUUUAUUGCAUGGUUUAGCUGGAUUCAUGCAGUAUUGCAGGGGAGUUUUGUUUGAAAACUCUUCUGUUGAGAAUAUGCAUUACCAAAUUUACCACUCCAACGAAAAGGAUGAACUAAACCUUAGUUGUUUAAACCCGGAGGAUUUUCGGUGUCCGAUUUCUCUGGAAUUGAUGAUGGAUCCAGUGACUGUUUCCACCGGUCAGACAUACGAUCGGGUUUCGAUUCAAAAAUGGCUGAAUUCGGGCAACUUAAUAUGCCCGAAAACCGGGGGGAAACUAGCAACAACCGAGCUAGUCCCCAAUUCGAAUCUUCGAAAAGUUAUUCGACAAUAUUGCAUUGGUCAUGGAGUUUCGGUGUCGAGGUUUCAAAUGCAUAACCGAGAUAUAUCCUCAACGAGUCUCCCCGGUAGUGUAGCAUCCGCGGAAGCAAUCAAACUCUUGAGUGAAUAUCUAGUGAGAAGAUUGUGUAACGGGACGGCGAAACAGAAGAACAGCGCAGCUUAUGAAAUAAGAUUACUCGCGAAAUCGAGUAUUUUUAAUCGAUUUUGUUUGAUCGAAGCGGGCGUGAUCCCUCCGCUGUUAACAUUACUUUUGUCAUCAGAUUCAACCAUUCAAGAAAACGCCAUUGCGGGUUUACUCAAGCUAUCGAAACAUUCGAAUGGGAAGAAAACUGUUAUCAAUCACAACGGCCUGAGUUCGAUCGUAUCCGUGUUAAGAAACGGAUUGACACAAGGAUGUAAACAGGCCGCAGCCGCUACAAUCUUUUACUUAUCAUCCAUUCAAACAAACCGAAAGCUUAUCGGAGAAAUCCCAGAAGCUAUUCCGGCUCUGAUCGAACAGGUCAGAGCCGGAACAUCUUGUGGGAGAAAGAACUCAUUAGCCGCGCUAUUCUUGAUCCUCCUAGAACCGAGAAACCACAAAACCGCGCUCUCGUUGGGGAUCAUUCCUUUACUAUCCACUCUCAUUUCCACUUCAGAAAAACCCGAAAUUGUUAUGGAUUCAUUGUCAGUUGUGGCUGCAUUAGCCGAAAGCUUCGAUGGGUCUGAUAGAAUCUUGAAAGAUCUAUCGUUGUCAUUGAUCAUCAACACUCUAAAGAAAUCCGCUUCGAAAGAGUGUUGUGUGACUUGUGUCUCAAUCUUGCUAGCGUUGAGCAACAAUUGGGGAGACAAAGUGAUUGCAGUUUUGGCAAGUGAACCUAAUUUGAUGAGUUUGUUGUACUCGUUAUCAGUAACCGCGGGUUCACAGGCGGGCAAGAAGGCUCGAGCAUUGUUUCGAAUCGUGAACAGGUUCCUUGUGACUAGCGGUUUGGGUUCGAUGGUUAACUGGGAUUCAUCAAGAUUUGAACCAGUUCGUUCUUGUUAGUUUAGAUCUUUGUGUUUUAAUUUUGUUAGUCAUGAAGCUCAAUUUUUGAAGGAGCUAUAUAUGCAUUGUGUAAAAUAUAGAUAAACAUUUGUUUUGAACGUUUUAGGUUUUGCAUAGAUGAAAUAGUUGAUUUUUUGGAACAACUAUUUCAUAAGUGGUUGUUAAGUUGGAACUUAUUUUACCAACUAUAGACACAAAU